UCAUGGUUCGGGUCUCAGAUGAUUGUCGUUGCCAAGCUUCCGAGAUGUAGCCAAAUUUGACCAAUCCGUCGCUACCUCAUCAGGCACCAAUACUCCUUGCCAGUGUAGUACAAGUCAAUAUGAAAGUAGAAGUGUGGCUACAGAUAGAGGUGGUGUCUGCAUGGGAAAGCAAGAGGCCGCCGUAUUGGAGAUAGAUAUUUAUCUCCACUGUAAGGGUCCUCGGAUUUUGGAUGUCCAAAUUGUCAAUGCUGCGCGUUCAAUCAUACGUCACAAUCGAAACUUUGACCCGUUCCUGUCUACGUGUUGCCAAGAAUUCGUCCCUUCCGAUUUCCACCUUUUUUCCCAAACGUCGAGAGCACUUUAAAACCGCAUCGAUGUCACAUUACCAGUGUUGUUCUGAUGAUCGACAAAUGUCGAUCAAAGUUGGCGGGGUUUUGCGAUCUUUGGAAUGUGCGCAUCCGGCAGCUCAAUUCUAGCGAGAUUUGUUGUGAUUCUGAUCUGAGACAGAAUGUGGCUCUGUAGGUGAGCAACACUCGGCAACACUCUGCGACAUUUGGUACUAAGGACUCUGAAUCACAUCCAUGUGUUCAGUCUUUUCCGUCUUUGCCGUGCUGUGCCAUCUUUGCCGUGCCGUCUUUGCCGUCGAGCCCCGGGGAACAAAUAUCAUGUCUCCAACAAGAGAUGAACAGUCCGAACGUUUCGAGAAAACACGAAUAACUGACAUGGUGUACGAACUGGUGAAAGAACCGCAUCCUGAUGUGGAGGUAGUACUAUUCCAUGGUUUGCAAUUGGAUCAGUCAGCCCGAACAUGCGCAGAUGCUUAUUGGAGAACUUGGAAGAUGAGGAAUGAUGAAGAUUGCUGGCUAGAGACAUUGCUUCCGAAACUUCUGUUAAAAGACCAAGUUCAGUUGAAAGCUCGAGUGCUUUCCGUUUCUUACGAAGCUAGAGCAGACUUCAGCAGAGUAAGGGAGGGCAAGGAAAUCACGGACGAAUAUAUUUUAGCGGAGAGUUUGGUAAGAGAGCUCGUUCUUAGCACAGGAGAACUUGGGCAAAAGGCAGGAGUUCCUGUGGUCUUAGUCGGGCACGACCUCGGCGGUAUCUUGAUCAAAGAGUUGGUGAUGACUGUAGAGAAGAUGGAGGCACUACGCAUCGAAGAUUGGGAUAAAAAAAAACUUGGCAUGUUCUCGAAAAAUCUGAAACUAGUUUUCUUCUAUGCUGUGCCCCAAAGUGGAUCCAAGGUGAUAGAAGAAACGAUCGCGAAGAUUCCUGAGAAUUCACGACAUAAGAUGCUUCCGUUGAUGAAAGUGUUGAACAAGGAGACAGCACGAAUUAACCAAUCCUUCCAGCAGUACCGUCAAUGUCCAGAUUCGCACCGCCCCAAAUUCCAAGUAGCUGCAGUUCUUCCAGCUAGUGAAACAUCCCAGGGAGGAUACAAUGGACAAGUGAUUCCAGAAGCAUCUAUUCGACCAGGCGUCGAUUCACUGCUCACUGUUAAGGCAGAUCACUUCCAAGUCUGUCAACCAGAAGCUUAUCAUUCGAGUUCCGCGCAAUUCUUGGCUGACAAGAUCCAUGAAGCUGUAGGGUCAAAAGACAGCUAUGGGAGGAACAGAACUCUGUCCGCGUCUGAACAUGAAAAGGGCAAGCAGCAAUCUAGGAAUGAACUUCAAGCCCAGUAUAAUUCUACUAUUAGUCAGGCCAGUAGUAGACAAUAGAAUAUUGGAGAUUGAAUAUAGCACAGAGCCAGAACAAAGUACUUAACUUGCGGGCUUCGAAUCUUCUGAUUAAGUUAACCGGGUGACAGAGCCCGUGUGACGUAGAUCACCUUACUAUUUUAUAGUACACCCAAUUCGGUAUUGUCCAAGCAAGUUACUUAUCAUUACAAAUACCACAUGAUAUA